GCUCGCAGACGCGGCUGUAUUAAACCGCUGCAGGCGCGGCCGGCUGGCAGUGUGCGUCUUCCGGUUCAGGCUUUGUUGUGGUGUUUUCCAGCUCUCUCUCAACUUCUGAAGCCUAAGCCGGCUACUCCUUCCUUCUUUCUUCCACCUGUAGCCGCGUCGUUGUGAUUCCACCACCAUGUUCGAGGCGCGCCUGGUCCAGGGCUCUAUCCUGAAGAAGGUGCUGGAAGCGCUUAAAGACCUCAUCAACGAGGCCUGCUGGGACAUCAGCUCCAGCGGCGUGAACCUGCAAAGCAUGGACUCGUCUCAUGUCUCUUUGGUGCAGCUCACCCUGCGCUCCGAGGGCUUCGACACGUACCGCUGCGACCGCAAUUUGGCCAUGGGCGUGAACCUCACCAGCAUGUCCAAAAUACUAAAAUGUGCUGGCAAUGAAGACAUCAUUACGCUAAGGGCAGAAGAUAAUGCAGACACCUUGGCACUAGUGUUUGAAGCUCCAAAUCAGGAAAAGGUAUCAGACUAUGAAAUGAAGUUAAUGGAUUUAGAUGUUGAGCAACUUGGAAUUCCAGAACAAGAGUACAGCUGUGUAGUAAAGAUGCCUUCUGGUGAAUUUGCACGUAUAUGCCGAGAUCUCAGUCAUAUUGGAGAUGCUGUUGUAAUUUCCUGUGCAAAAGAUGGAGUGAAAUUUUCUGCAAGUGGAGAACUCGGAAAUGGAAAUAUUAAGUUGUCACAAACGAGUAAUGUUGAUAAAGAGGAGGAAGCUGUUACCAUAGAGAUGAAUGAACCAGUUCAGCUAACUUUUGCACUGAGGUACCUGAACUUCUUUACAAAAGCCACUCCACUCUCUCCUACAGUCACACUCAGUAUGUCUGCAGAUGUACCCCUUGUUGUAGAGUAUAAAAUUGCUGAUAUGGGACAUUUAAAGUACUAUUUGGCUCCCAAGAUCGAAGAUGAAGAAGGGUCUUAGACAUUCUCAAAUUCCAAGAAAAUUAAACUAAGCUCUUUGAGAACUGCUUCGGUGAUGCCAGCACGUACUUAUUAAGUCUCUUCUUUGUACCUCUGAGUACAUAUGUAGAUACUGUUUUCUGUAAAUAACCUGUUUUUUUUUUUUUCCUCCAUUCUCUACAAUUUAAGUCCAAAGUCAAAUCUGGUCUUGUUAGCCUAGAAAUACUCAUUAAUGAUUUUUAUAAACAAAAGGGUUUUGACUCUAAAUGCAGUUUUAAGUAUUGUUUUCACUUUAAAUAAAAGUCAUUUGAAUUUCAAGCAUCCCAGGACAGUGCCUUCAUUUGGACCACAAUGGUUGCAAGUAUCCUAGGGAAUUCACAAUUCAAGCAACUUUUUCAUGUAAAUGUGUUUUUUUUUUUUUUUUCAGUCAGCUUGUUAUGAAUUAGAUAUAGCAAUAGAAAGUAUUUAAAAUACAGUAGGUGACAAAACACUUUUGCCAAACUUAUUUUGGUAUUUUGACUUGAGCUCAAGAAGUGCAAAGGGGAGAGUAGAACAAAUCUUAUGUAUUUUGUUGUCAUUUUUGUUACUAACACUUUACAGAAGCUUAAUGUACCUAAAAAGUUCUAUGGGUUUGUAAGACUAGCAUUGUUAUAGAGCAGUGUGUUUCUUUAGCCUAGGGCGCCUUGUACAGGAGUAUUGGAAGUUUUUGUAGAUGUGUGAUAGGGCCCAAGGAGUGUGUUUGUGCAAAAAUAAUUUCUCUAGUGUAAGCCUCCUUUUGGAGGACUUAACUCCUUUUAAAGGAUGAAGAUGGCUUAAAUUCCAUAGGUGUUGAAUUCAACCAAGAAAGUGAGAAGGCCUGGCAGUAAUUGUGCUACAAGGUCACAAAUUGGCAUGCUGCAUAGUGAGAAUUGCUUUAUUGUAGUUCUUUUUCUAGUGUAUUUUGUGGUUUGGCGUAUUAUAUGACUGGUUUUUGUUAUAUCUGCACUAAGUUCUAGUUUCUGGAUCCUCAAACUUCCUGUGCCCUCUGCAGUUUGUCUGGGGCAUAGGGAAGGAGAUUGGCUGCAAAGAGCCCAGAUACAUGUUUUUGGAGUGAUGGAAAUAUUUUUAUCUGCACUAUGGUGAUAGUUCCAAAACUAUAUGCAUUUGUCAAAACUAAUCCAAUUGUACUUUAUUAUAUGUAAGUUAUGCUGCAAUAAACCUUGACAUUUUAAAAAACGA